ACUUGUGUAACGAAAUUGGCAGCAGCCAAAGCGAUGAAUCCUACGAAAGAUAAUAAAUGAACAAAUUAACGCUAUUUUAUAUAAGUUAAAUGUAUAUUUUACCAAAACAGACGAACAGUAUUAACAGUUUCAUGGCAAAUUAGCGUUUGACGCCGUAAUUGCGCGUGAAUGCCUAUUUUAUAUAUUCGGCAAUUUCGCUGAUUUAUAUUCGUAUUUUAUGGGUUUACUGCUCCAUAGAAUUGAAAUGUUAAUAUACUACAUAUCAAUCAAUCAAUUGGGUGAACUAACGGUCUAUGGCUCGUAAAAAUUCCGUUAUGACAAAUUGGAAAUAUGCAAAUGUGCGUGCUUUAUUAGCUUUUCUACUAAUAGAAAUUGCAUAACUUAACAUAAUUUUCAUUUCGCACUAAUUUUAACACUUCUAUAUAAACUUGCGGAUGGCACACUUUAACUCAGUUUAAUUUUGGACAACAAUGCAUAUCACAACUUGUGCACUCAGCGCCUUAAUUCUUCUGGUUGCGAUCGCCUUACCCACUACCAUAGGUAAGCGACGCUUAAGUUCAGCAGACAACCUUAAUGAGCAACGUGCUCUUCUUGGCGGCCGUCAACAGCCAAUAGUGUACUCUCAACCUCAGUGCGUUUGUGCACCUGGACCGCCGGGUCCAAUCGGACCACCAGGGCAGACGGGAUUGCAAGGUAAUCGUGGUGACAAGGGAGACGAAGGCUUACCUGGACCGGCAGGACCGCCGGGACCAACUGGACAGCGAGGCUUGCCCGGUAGGCCAGGUAUUCCCGGUCCGAUUGGACCGCCUGGUCGUCGCGGCAGACGUGGUUUCCCUGGCGAACGAGGACCAGCCGGACCAACUGGUCCAACGGGACCCACAGGACCAACCGGACCUGCUGCAGCAGCCGCUGGUCGUUCGUUGGAUACACGUACAGGGGAUCUACAUGCAGCUUUGCCGGAUUAUGAUAUACACGUCGGAGAAGAGGACGAGGAUAUUGAUGACGAUGAAGAUGAAGAGUAUUUUGAUGAGAGAAAACGAAAGUGACCAUUUUUAAAUGAAAUGAAAACAAUGAUAGUCAAGUACAUUAAAAUGAUAUGAAUAAAAUAUUUUGAGAAAAGUAUUACAACAAGCUUGAGAUUUCAAUAGUUUCAAAACUGCUUUCCCUUUCUGAAGUAUUAAUACCUUCUUUAAGUGUUCUACCCACUCGUGGGUGACUAAUCAGGAAAGCUCACAGUAGCUUAUAUCAAGGUUUUCUUGGGAAUAUCUUUAUAGCGAUUAAAUUGCUUUACACUCCUAUUCUUCAGGAGAAAUAUUGUGGUGGGGUUUUUCCGUAUCAAGAAAGGAGUCUGUUGUGAGUUCUUUACACUGAAGAAUCCAAUCUAACAUUUUAAGAAUCGUACAUGAGACCUAAUCAACAAGACUGAUAGAUUAAAAAUAAUCGUAGAGGUUCUUCAGAGUUCUCAUUAGAUAUAAUGUGAUGAUUAGGUCUAAUUUUUCUGAUAUGUCUUGCAAAGUUCAUCUUAGUACUCUUCGCGUGUUAUAAAAGUUAAUUUUGUUAUAAAAUAAAUGAAGUGUGGGAUUAUUAGAGCAUUUUUCCCGACCUCACAAUUUGCAUAAAUUACUUCAUUUAAUUAAAAUAAUUAGGCUCAGCGUAGCUCAAUGGCUAGUAAACCUCAUAUGUACAUAAGCGUCUGUGUUGAUUACUGCAGGAGUCAUGAACGGUCGUUUAUUCAUUUUGCAGUGAGUUAGUUCACCGCACGGUUUGUUGUAAACACACCAACCAUUUUUAUAUGGCUGCUCUUUGGUCUAUAUUCAAAAAGAAAUUAUGAAAAUUGCUCUAGUAUAAUUGGAAAGCAUUCCAACUAGUGAAUAGUUGGAAGACCAACAGACCGUCUCGAAUAGCACAUAGUAGGCAAUAAUUGGUGAGCUAAAUGACUUGCUCAACAUAAAAGCAGAAAAGCUGUACUUGAAAUGGUUGCUGCCGUAACCGGAAUAAGAUCGGACAAUGAUGUAGAAGUCGCCCAGAAGGUAAAAGAUAGUCACCACUCUUUGACGUAACGACACAUACGAACGACAAUGAAGAGGACAGGUGCUCUACAACUCAGCAGUGGUUAAGGCUAUUAGUACAUUUUCUCGUACUACAAAAUGUUUUAGCUUUUUUUCUUUCUUGGCUUAAUGCAGACAUUUACGAAGUAUGGUUUGGAGUGUUGUGCAAGCUUUGUGUUGUUCAUUCAGUGACUUAAAUACCGAGAUCAUGCAAGAAUAGUACAUAAGAUAAAGCUUUUAUCGCUGCGGUUAAGCACUACGGCGAUUGAGUUUAUUGCUGACACGUUGUGGAUCUUCUCUGACACAACAUUUCUGAGGUUAAAACUUAAUUUUUUCGUUUUGUGGAGCUCGAUUAUGGAUGUAAA